AUAUCAAAAUUAGGAAACGAGUUAUAGAUAAAAACAACAGAAAUCAUUUGCCACAGUUCAUGGCGCCAGUUCCUUGCACUAUAUAGGAAUCAUAAAAAUAUUUAAAAAAUUAAAAUGGGAAAUAAAAAUGCACUCAGCAAUAAAGAAAAAGAGGAAAAAAAUUUCAAUAUUUCGGAAGAAAAAAAGCUCACAAUUUCUUUGAUAGGAGUACCGUUGGUAGGAAAAACAUCUAUGCUGCAAAUGUAUCGAACUGGAGAGUUAAGAGCACACAGUGAGAGUAUCUUGAUCGAUGUCGCAGAAUGUAGAAUUAAAGUACAGAACUGGAACGAAACAUUUGUUAUUUUUGAUGUUCCUGGUCAUUACAUGUUUCGAAGUCUUGUGCCCAGGCAGAUUGAAAGGUCAAACGGUGUUCUUUUGCUGUAUGAUGUUACAAGAGUGUCUACGUUUCUAGAACUCUCCAAAUUGAUUGAAAAUGUGAGAGAAUGGAAUCCACAAAUCAUUAUAUUUAUAAUUGGAGUUCAAUGGGAUCUCUUCGAUCAAAAAGAAGUAUCACGCGAUACUGGUAAAAAAUUUGCACAAAGUAAAAACUUGGAGUUUUUUGAAUGCAACAUCAGAACUGGUGAAAAUAUAGACGAAGUUUUUGAACACAUGGCUUUGAGAAUACUUCAAAAAGAAGGAUUAAUACCAUCUGAUAAAAUUGAAAUCGAUGGAAAGUCUCUCGAAUGGAAAGAAACCAAUGAGGUGCCUGUCACUUCCGUUGCUGAAAAAGAACUACUGAAUGGAUGUUUUACUGAAACAGAAAUUAUUAAUUAUAAGUCAAAAGAUACAAGUUAUCUAGAAGAUAGCGAUUUACACAAUGGAUCUAAAGGGGAAAGCGUUAUAAUGGAUAAAAACAGUAGUCAAUCUUCUCUAUCAACCAGUAAAAUAAAAACUUCAGAGUUAAACAAAAAUUGCGAUCCUCCUGAUAAUAAAAAUGGUGUUGUACUACCAAAAGCGGAGAAGUCAGUGAUUUCAGAAGAAGAGAUGCAACAAGAAGGAAAGUGUCUAGAAAUUAUUAAUUAUAAGUCAAAAGAUACAAGUUAUCUAGAAGAUAGCAAUUUACAAAAUGGAUCUAUAGGGGAAAGCGUGUUAAAGGAAAAAGACAGUAGUCAAUCUUCUUCAUCAACCAGUAAAAUAAAAGCUUCUGAGUUAAACGAAAAUUGCGAUCCUCCUGUUAAUAAAAAUGCCGUUGUACUACCAAAAGCGGAGAAGUCAGUGAUUUCAGAAGAAGAGAUGCAACAAGAAGGAAAGUGUCCAGCGUGGUUUGCUUGAUCAGUAACUGUUUAAUAUUCGAGCUUGUUCAAUUUAUAAAUUUUUUUUAUUAUUCUGGUUCUGUAGGAUCUCGAUUAUAUGUCUUCUUAAUCAAGCAGCAAAAUGAACGCUUCAAAGCUAACUAAAAAUUGAAAUGCUUUGGAUGAUAAAAAUGACGUAGUACUACCAAAUUCAGAAUAAUCAAAGCUUUUCUAAGAGAAAAAAAUAUUAAGCUUAAUUUUCUUGAAUAAAAAAAUGUUUACUAUUGCAAUUUGUUUUUUUAAAAGCAGUUCUAUUGUUCCUUCACCGUUUUUUAUUUAACAGUAAAGGUUUUCUUUCAUUUUUCAGAACCCUAUUUAAUCAUAUUACUACCUAUUUAAUCAUAUUAGUGCAGAAUAACCACGGAAUUAAAGUUUCAGUUUUUUUCUAAAUUUAUGAUUUUAUAGUGACCUUACUUAAACUGCAGUAAUUUUGUAGAAAGUAGCUAAAAGUUUUUUCUAAAUAAAUUACUGAGAAAUUACUUCACAUUAACUGCAAAAUAACUGCAGUGUUUUUACAGUUAAGAUUGCACAACAGAAAAUCUGCAGUUAACUCUAGAAAAACUACAAAAUUACUUCAGUUCUGUAGAAAAAUUGCAGUUAUUUUUUGCUGGGAAGAAAACAAAACUUUCAAGUUAUCGGAAGUAGUAGGAUUGUGCAUAAGAAGUUUAAAUGAAAUUGGAGUUGAAAAGUGGAAAAAUUGCAUUGAGCACUCAGAAAAUCGAAAAAGAGAUGUGGGAUUUGGACAAAGCUAUCGAAAACACUGUUAAUUCUCUAGUAAUAAAUAUCAAUUCCAUCGACGAGGAUUUGACAAGUUUUGAGAGUGAAUCCUGAGAUUAGUUUCAUUUUUACUUUUUAAUGAUAUAAUUAUUCGUUAUUAUCCAUCGUUAAUACAGUAAUUCAUUAAAUUUUGUUCUUGUCUGAGUAGUUUAAUAUCAUUAUUUUUGCUUUCGGUACAAUUGUUAAUUAAUUAUAGAAACUCAAAUGUUACGGAAAAUUAAAUAAUUUUGAUACUUCAUUCUAUUUUCAAAAACCUAUUGUAUUCGAGGCUUACAAACUGCUUUUUUUAAUAGGUUAAGUGGGUAUAUUUUUCUAAGCAAAAGAUUUUAUGAGACAUAUAAAACAAAAAGUUCCAAGUUCUCUUUUAGUGUAAUUAUUUUCGUAAUACUACCCUUAGAAAAAUAAAGAUA